AAGGAUACACCAAAACAAUGGUGUCCACUCUGCACGCAGGCAUUUACGCACGCCUCGUAACACCAAGCAAAUAUACUCACGUGGGUAAAUGAAAUGGUGUGGAGUAAUUACAUGAAGAGAGAAGCCAUUUAGGAGGAUGUAGACUUUGCACUAGUUUUUAGCGGAAAGGUACUGUCUGAGAGGGUGGUAGCGCGGCCCAAACAUGUCGUCCCCUGAUGUGUUGUGAGACGACGGUCAGCUGUGUCGAGCGUGGCACCCCUCUGCUCAUCCCUAGCGAACCUGGCACCUCCUUGCUUAUCCGUGGCGAGCCUGGCACCUCCUUGCGUACCCGUGGAGAGCCUGGCACCCUCUUGCUUACCCGUGACGAUCGUGGCACCCCUCUUGAUCACCCCCCGUGGCACCCCCAUAGCUGUGGCCUGUGGCACUCUCUCGGUUAUCAUACUUGAAAAACUGGUAUUUUGUGGCACUGAGCCGCUAUCCUGCUGGUGUUGUGCCGGACACCGAGCAGCGGCGGCCGUGUAGGUCUCGCUGAAACAUGUCUAUGUUGCCCUUCACCCCUCCUGUAGUAAAGAGACUGUUGAGCUUCAAGAAGGGGGAAGUGGAGGAUAAAUGGAGUGAGAAGGCAGUGAAGAGCUUGGUCAAGAAGCUCAAGAAGUCUGGUGGUCUGGACGAACUAGAGACCGCCGUCACCACUGAGGACUGUAACACCCGCUGUAUCACCAUCCCCAGGUCCCUGGAUGGGCGGCUGCAGGUCUCUCAUAAAAAAGGACUGCCGCAUGUCAUCUACUGCCGGUUGUGGCGCUGGCCUGAGUUACAGAGCCAUCACGAACUUCGUGCACUUGACCAUUGCCAGUACGCUUUCAACCUCAAAAAAGAGGAGGUCUGCGUCAACCCAUAUCAUUACACUAAAAUAGAGGCGCCAGCUUUGCCAGCUAUCUUGGUACCCCGGGGUAGUAGCAGCAGCAGCAGUAGUAGCGGCGGUGGUAGUGGGGGCGUGGGAGGCUCAGGCUCAGACCCAGGCUCAGCCGAAGACUUGAGCUCUCUUGCUGACCUCACAGCAGACAGUGUUAGUGACUCUGCCUCUCUUACCUCAGUAGCUCCCACGCUAGAGCCACCACCUACUUUUCCUCCCACCGAAUCCCCACCGCCUGGCUACAUGAGCGAGGACGGUGACAGUCAUGACCUGUCCGACAUAACAGAUUACUCAGGUAAAUGAAUGAGACACACAUGCAGUACUCGGGUAUCUUUAUUUCCAUAGCAUUUGCCUUCACAGCAGGCUGCUUCAUUCAAUACAAAGGUACCUUAAAAUACUGCAAACAAUUGAAGAAAAGAUCGAGAUGUUCAAUCCCUCGCCUUUAUAUAAGUGGAGAAGUAAAAUUUAAGUGUUUAGUCCAUCAAGCUUGAUUGUUGUUCACAUCCAUAGUGUUGAUCCAUGGGUAUAAUAUUAAUG